ACACACAGCAUCCUGUCAGCCAGAGGUUACAGCUUCUCGGGUUCACGCUCGCAAAGAUGUGAUUAUUUCACUUGCGCACAGAGCAGAAGCAGUUUGGUGUUAUUUUCGGCUCCAGGCUCCAGCAGCUCUCAGCAGGAUCUCCUCCGCCUCGCUUCCCCUCCCUCAUCCCCGGAGAUGCUUCCCUGCCUGCGGAGACUCCUGCGGCCCGCCCUCUCCCUGAGAGCCGGCGCCGGGCUCACCAGAGCCGGGCUCGACAGCGGCCACGCUCCCGCCGCAUCGUCCCCGCUCUCCUCGCUGCUGCAGCGGCGCAGCCUGGGCACGCACCCGGAGUCCACGGAGCCGCUCGACUCGCCCCAGGGCGCCAAGGAGUUCAUCUACAGCCUGCACCCCACCGAGCGCACCUGUCUGCUGCGAGAGCUGCACAGGUUCGAGUCGAUAGCCAUAGCUCAAGGGCAGCUGGUGAUCGCGCCACCUACUUCAGCACAGUUAAGAUAUGUUCUGCUGCACAACGCACUCCCUUUUGUUGGAUUUGGAUUCCUGGACAACUGCAUCAUGAUCGUUGCUGGCACUCAUAUUGAGUUAUCCAUCGGAGUUGUCCUCGGCAUUUCAACUAUGGCAGCUGCUGCCCUCGGCAACCUGGUGUCUGAUCUGGCAGGUCUAGGACUGGCAGGUUACGUGGAGGCCUUAGCGUCUCGCCUGGGGAUGCAGAUUCCUGACCUGAACCCGAAGCAGGUGGACAUGUGGCAGACCAGAGUCAGCUCCCAUUCGGGUAAAGCCCUUGGCGUCGGCAUCGGCUGCAUCCUGGGCAUGUUCCCUCUUCUGUUUCUGGACUUCGACAAGAAAAAAGAGGGCCAGAAGGAGGGGACGGAGAAAUCGGAGUCGCCACCUGCUCCGACUGAGAUCGACAAAAACUGAAACUGGCAACUUGCUGAGGACAAAUAUUAUUUGGAAUCCGUUAGAAUACUUAAACCCGGGACUGUUGGCCUCGCCUGGUGGACUGGGGUUUGUGAACACCUCACACAGCCUGUUGGUGUUUGUUACCCUGCGAGACUGAUUCAAACAAUGGAAGGUGUUCUGAAAAGGGUUUUAGAUAUUAUUUGAUUGUACAUUUUGAACUUAAGCACAGUGACCUGACCGUCUCUUGAAGAGACACAAGACUGUUUAUUCAUUGGACUGCUGCUACGUCAACUACUGCACCAUAACCUCACCUCAUUUUUGACUGACCUGCCACACACACACACACACACACACACACACACUGCAGUGGCUCUUUCUCUCCUCUGUUAUAUGAAGCAAGUAUAAAACGUGAUGGUGAGAUGGCAAGUAGGUAAAAGGAAAGUUAGGGCCCAGUGCAGUAUCACAGUAAAGAUUGGAAACUAAACUAUCGGAGAUAAUUCUGUAAAAAACACGCUCUUAGUAGAGCACGUACCUCGCCAAGGCCCAUCAGUCCCCUCAUGAAACAACAUUUAAAUUCACUGGAUCCACAUUUUUAUUUGGAUCUGCACCAAAUUAUGCACACUCAUUAAUAUCAUAAAUAAAAAAACAUUAAUUAUUCUCUGAGAAAUCAACAAAGAUCUUGAAGAAAACUAAAUAUCACACUAUGCCGAAGAAAGGAAAGUGAGAAAAUAAUCCUGGAUCCGCUCCCUUGACUUGGAUCGGCACCAAAAUUGAAUUGGUUCCUCCUCUGGGUCAUGACCCACCUCUCAACACAAUCAGUUGCGUAGUUUUGUGUAAUCCUACUACCAAACAUAGAUUAGAAACAUAACCUCCUCUGCAAAGAUGAUUAGUUCGUCACAUGGCUUUUUGAUCUGUCGUCUAUCGCAGUCACUAAUAAACAAAGACUGAAAAGAUUCACACCAUCACACGGUGCAUGACAGCCUGAUUCAGAAGCGUUAAGGACAUUUAAAGACAUCUCCUGUGUUUCCUUAUCAGUCUUUGAAGUUAUAAAAAGAGAGAAUCGAAUAUGCAUACUAUAUAUAUAUAUAUAUAUAUAAACACUGUAUACAGUAUCGAGUAGAGUACAAGAACUGUACCUUUCCAGUUUUACAAAUAUAUCUCAGUCUUAAAAAGUCUUGCCAGUCUGCCUCAUCCACGCUCCAGAUAUUUUUUGUUCUUACUUGUAGGUGAAUCACUUUAUAAUCAAUACUCCCCCUCAAUCAUUCUUAUAUUUACCAUGUGCAUCCAGGUGAUCGUAGUGCUGCUGAAUCCUUUAAAGAGCUGUCUGUUACUUUCUGCAGAAGAGUGGAGCAGGAUGAAGGGAGAGAGGGAGAGAGGGAGAGAGGAAGGGCAGCAGCGACAGAAAGAUAAUAAAUCCCAUCACUGAACCACCUGAGACCUCUGUCCCAUUGCGCUCUGACCCUCUGGCCUCCACAUCAUGUGAUUGAUCUCGUCCUGCUCUGAACCGGUCUACAUUUAACCGAGCUACAGCGAAGCCUCUGAUCCAGCUCGUGUUACACCAUGAGUAUUGCCCAGUUUGAUUCCGUUAGAAAUCUGCUGCUGCAGCUUCCAACCACAUAUUCUCCCUCUGUACCACUACCUUGAUGAGCAGUGUCUCCGCUCUGCUGCCCUCCACUGGCUGAGAUUUGAGAGAGGUUUGUGUUGUAUUUCAAACACAUACAGGUGUCAUUCAUCACCUGUUUAUCUCCCCUGUUUAGUAUUCAAACCACCUCACAGUCGAGCUUGAAGUUGUCACUUCAUCACUCUAUAAUUAAUGUUGUGAAUCGUUUAUUUUGAUCUGCAAACUGUAAUCUGCAGCAUCUGCUCACCUAGAAACACUGCAGUGGGAGGGACGUACUUAAUAUGAUGAAAUACUUCCAUCAAUCUAGGUCUUGAUUCGGCUCUUAGUGAUUUUAUAACUUAACUUAUUAACUGAAAACUGUUGUGUUCACCUUUUAGACUGUUUAGAAGUUGAAACAAAGCAGCCACGUGUCCCAAAAAACAUAUUUAAUUUUCUUCUGAUAUUCAUAUGUGGUGCCUAUGUAUAUUCUAUUUAUUUAUCUCCGGGGACAAUGCUAAGAAAAUAUUAUAUUUGUCAUUAUAUUUCCAGCAGCAUCAUCCAACAGCAACAAGAAGGACCCACCAUCUGAUUGCUGUGUGUGACAGUGAAUUACUAAACCUGCUCUAAAAUCACUGACACACUCACAGAGGAGACUUUGCCCUGUAUGUUUUAGGUAUUUAUUUAUGUGCAGAACAGUGAUAAAAAUGAAACAAAUAAUUGAAGAUUUAUGUAGUUAGGAUUUUCUUUGAUCUCAUUGCUUGAUUUCCUUGCAUGCACUGCUAAUAAAAAAAGCUAUUCUACAAGUUUUGAGUUUGUUCUGGAAUAAGUUGCUGCAGCAGGAUAUGAGGUGGAGGAGGGGAUGGUAUAUGACUCAGGCUGGAUUAACAGGCACAUUUUGGAUUCAUGUAUCUGGAAUCUCAAGAUAAACACACAUAGUUUCAAAAAUAGGAUUGUAUCUAUUUCUGUUUCCCUGCACCGAUCUGCUGGGAUCUGACAAAUGCAGAUAUGGACGGUGUUUGGUUUGGAUCAACAGAAAUGAAUUGAGAGAUGACUGUUUGAUAGCAGAAGACGAAUAUCAGCAAUUUUCCUCAUUACGAUGAAUCAUUCUCUUCAAUUGCCUGUCUCUGUGCUUUAGAACUGCUUCAUAGUCAAUCAUGGUGAAGAAAUACUAUACAUUUUGAGCUGUUACCUUUUUCCUAGAUUCACUGUGCAUCACUAAACUUAUUAGUAUUAGUGGGAGAAAAGCAAAGAAGGUAUUUAGUUGACAGAAGCUCUGGGUGAUAUAUCAUCACAAGUCAAUGUGGUUUUAUGAGUUAUAAAACCUGGUGAAGUGUUAAAUCAAGAAGUCUCGCCUCAUUAGUACAGGUGCAUUAGUGCAUAUAUUUUGAAACCCUAUUUUAUUUCAUAUUUAUUGUUAUUUCUGUAUUAGUAAGCCGGCUGCUUGGUUCAUACAACUGCAGGAGAAAUUUCAAGUAUUUUUUUAGGUCUUAUUGUUUUUGGUGUUUAAAGACCUUGUUUCAUAUUAAAAUACUUGUUCAUUCUAGGGUCGCCACUUAAAAUAUAAUGGGACCGGAGCAAUGAAAAUUAGUCUGGUUUAAAUUUUUAGCUUUUAUAUUCUGUUGAAUCAAACCUCUGAAGCUUCUUCUUCUGUAGGAACUACAAAUUAAUCUUUGAAUUUAA